UGAAAAAACUAGAAACACCAAAAUACAGAGACUUUCCCAACUUGUAACUCUGAUCAACUUCUCCAAAAAUGAAAAUCUUUAGCCGAUUUGGUUGACCACUUCGUCAUCCUGAAACUUAAUUACCCAAUUUGAAAUCUUAAACCUCCAAGUUAUGUCAGUUUCAGUGAUAUAAAAAGUGUAUACUCACGCGUAAACUACACUGAAUAAAUGUCUUUAAUACUGUUGCAAUGAAUGGGGUUCAAGUUAAAUGGGGUUUUAAGUACGUAAUCAGAAUUUUGGGUUAAGCGUUUAGCUAGUUGCAGUGGGUGUUGGUCAUUUUGGGAUCAAGAGCUGUGUAUAUAGUAGAGAGAAGAAGAAGGAGUUUUGGGUUUUGGGUUUUGGGGGUGGAUUGAAAUGUCGAGUAUAACGGAUGCUACAAUUAUUCAUCAUGUGGGUAUUGUGUUGCUUGCACUAUGGUUGCUUAAUUCCUUCGAUUGUUGCCACGCUUUUGCUUACUUCCUAUCGCUUAUCUAUCUCUAUAUGGUUCAUGAGCAGUAUGUGACAAAAUUAAGGAGGAAGCUACAGUUUGAGGAAAAAAGGCAGUCUUGUCAGCGGCGAGUACUUUCAGACUCUGAAUCAGUGAGAUGGUUAAACUAUGCGAUUGAAAAGAUUUGGCCUCUCUGCAUGGAGGAGAUUGUUUCACAGAAAAUUCUUCUCUCUAUCAUUCCAUGGUUUCUUCAGAAGUACAAACCCUGGACUGCUAAAGAAGCUGUAGUUCAGCACCUCUAUUUGGGAAGAAGCCCACCUAUGUUCACAGAAAUGAGGGUUCUUCGCGAAUCUACUGGAGAUGAUCACUUGGUCCUGGAGUUAGGAAUGAAUUUCCGUGCUGCCGAUGACAUGAGUGCAAUUCUUGCUGUGAAACUGAGAAAAAGGUUGGGCUUUGGGAUGUGGGCGAAGUUGCAUCUAUUGGGCAUGCAUGUUGAGGGAAAGGUCUUGGUUGGGGUAAAGUUCUUAAGGAAGUGGCCAUUUCUCGGUCGUUUGCGGGUUUGCUUUGUGGAGCCUCCUUAUUUUCAGAUGACUGUGAAGCCAAUUUUCACACAUGGACUUGAUGUAACAGAACUUCCUGGAAUUGCUGGAUGGAUGGAUAAACUUCUUGCUGUUGCCUUUGAGCAGACACUUGUCGAGCCCAACAUGCUGGUGGUGGAUGUUGAGAAGUUUGUGUCGCCGCAACCAGAAAACUGGUUUUCAGCUGAUGCUAAGGAGCCCAUUGCUUUUGUGAUUUUAGAAGUUCUUGAAGCAGCUGACAUGAAGCCAUCAGAUUUAAAUGGAUUGGCUGAUCCAUAUGUUAAGGGGCACAUUGGCCUUUACAGAUUCAGGACUAAGACUAAGAAGAAGACAUUGAAUCCACAGUGGCGUGAGGAGUUCAAGAUUCCAGUCUGUACAUGGGAGUCUCCUAACAACAUGCUCAAUGUCGAAGUUCGUGACAAAGACCAUUUAUAUGAUGAUACAUUGGGAAAAUGUUCCAUCAAUAUCUGUGAUUUUAGGGAUGGCCAGAGGCAUGAUAUGUGGCUGUCUCUUCAGAACAUCAAAAUUGGGAGAUUGCAUCUUGCCAUAACUGUUGUUGAUUGUGCCAAAAAGGGCGCGGAGCAGUCAUAUGAUAGCGGAAGUAUGGUCAAUGAACAGGAUAGCAAAUCUGCUGAGGUGGAUAAAACUGAACAAAGCUCCUUAACCACUGAAUCAGUUGAUGAACCUUCAAAAACUGGAGAUAAGUAUGAACCUAUUAAUAUUGAAGGGCAGCGGGAGACUGGUAUAUGGGUACACCAACCAGGGAGUGAAGUAGCACAAGUAUGGGAACCAAGAAAGGGGAAGAACAGGGUUAUUGGCGGAGAAGUUCAUAGUGAAAAUGCUGGUUCUAAGGGAAGUCUUAAGUCAACAUCAGGCGGCUCCUCUCACUAUAAUGAAUACAAGCUUGAUGGAAGUGGUAACGGAAGUAAGCCAGAUUCUCCAGGUCGUUUUCACAGGGGUUUACAUAAGAUCAGCUCGCUCUUCCGGAGAAGUUCAAGUAAAGAGGAUAAGUCAGGCAAUCUUGGAGAGCCUGAUUUAUCUCCGCGUGUGAAUCUUAGGGCAGUUAAUGCCAAGGAUAUAGGAGUGAAGAUUAUAGUGGAUGACACCAUUUUGCCUUCAUCAUUAACAACACCUACAGAAGAUGGGAAAGAUAACUGCGCAGGAAAUGGGAAAAACCCCACAAAGGGGAGAGUGAGAAACAAGACGAAGAAAAUCCUUAAAAACGCUGGCAAAUCUGUUGGUGGUGGCAUAAAGAAAGUGAUGUCCGGGAAGUCAUCAGGUAAAUCUAAAGAGGAAGUAGAAUCAUCAGAGACAGAAAGACUGAGCUCUGUGGAAUCUGAUACUUCUUAUGCAGAGUCUCAACGUUCAUCAGUUGAUUCACCUCCAGUUGUAGCACCUUCAGCUGACAACAGUUCCACACCUAGCUCCGGUAUAGAGAAUUCCGACACCACAAUAAGAACCAGUGAACUGGUAGAUAGUGAAAGCAUCAAAACUCCAGAUGAGGUAGCAGCGAACUCAAACGAAAAUCAUGCUUUCGGUCAGUCUUCAAGUUUUAAAAAGUCUGAGGUAGACCAAUUAUUUUUUUUCUCAAUCAAGUUGAAUAAAAUAGCCACCACCUCAUUUUCAUGGCCCUCCUUUGAGUUUAGCUCCUCAACAACAAUGGCGGCUGCAUCUCCAUCUCCUUGUUUUUCCAAAACCCUACCUCCAUCUUCAUCAAAAUCUUCCACCCUUCUUCCCAAAUCUACCUUUACUUUCCACAAUCACCCUAAAAAAGCAUCACCCCUUCACCUUACACACACCCAACAUCAUAGCCGUUUCACUGUUUCAAAUGUCAUCCUAUCAACCACGACGCAUGACGACGUUUCUGAACCCGAAAUCUUUGUUUCCCGUUUCGCCCCUGACGAACCCAGAAAGGGUUGUGAUGUUCUUGUGGAGGCACUUGAAAGGGAAGGGGUUAAGGAUGUGUUUGCAUACCCAGGAGGUGCUUCCAUGGAGAUUCAUCAGGCUUUGACACGUUCAAAUAUUAUUCGUAAUGUGCUGCCACGUCAUGAACAGGGUGGUGUGUUUGCUGCAGAGGGUUACGCACGGGCUACUGGGUUCCCUGGUGUUUGUAUUGCUACAUCUGGUCCGGGAGCUACGAAUCUUGUUAGCGGUCUUGCUGAUGCUUUGUUGGAUAGUAUCCCGAUUGUUGCUAUUACCGGUCAAGUGCCGAGGAGGAUGAUUGGUACUGAUGCGUUUCAGGAAACUCCUAUUGUUGAGGUAACGAGAUCCAUUACGAAGCAUAAUUAUCUUGUUAUGGAUGUAGAGGAUAUUCCUAGGGUUGUUCGUGAAGCGUUUUUUCUAGCGAAAUCAGGACGGCCUGGACCUGUUUUGAUUGAUGUUCCUAAGGAUAUUCAGCAACAAUUGGUGAUACCUAAUUGGGAUCAGCCAAUGAGGUUGCCUGGUUACAUGUCUAGGUUGCCUAAAUUACCUAAUGAGAUGCUUUUGGAACAAAUUGUUAGGCUGAUUUCAGAGUCAAAGAAGCCUGUUUUGUAUGUGGGUGGUGGGUGUUCACAGUCGAGUGAGGAGCUGAGACGCUUUGUGGAGCUUACGGGUAUUCCUGUGGCGAGUACUUUGAUGGGUCUUGGAGCUUUUCCAAGUGGGGAUGAGCUUUCUCUUCAAAUGUUGGGUAUGCAUGGGACUGUGUAUGCUAAUUAUGCGGUGGAUAGUAGUGAUUUGUUGCUUGCAUUUGGGGUGAGGUUUGAUGAUCGAGUUACUGGUAAAUUGGAAGCUUUUGCUAGCCGAGCUAAGAUUGUCCAUAUUGAUAUUGAUUCGGCUGAGAUUGGAAAGAACAAGCAACCUCAUGUUUCCAUCUGUGCAGAUAUCAAGUUGGCAUUACAGGGUUUGAAUUCCAUAUUCGAGAGUAAAAAAGGUAAGCUGAAGUUGGACUUUUCUGCUUGGAGGCAGGAGUUAACGGAGCAGAAGGUGAAGUACCCAUUGAAUUUUAAGACUUUCGGUGAAGCCAUCCCUCCCCAAUAUGCUAUUCAGGUUCUUGAUGAGUUAACUAACGGAAAUGCCAUCAUUAGUACUGGUGUGGGGCAACACCAAAUGUGGGCUGCCCAACACUACAAGUACAAAAAGCCACGCCAAUGGCUUACAUCUGGUGGAUUAGGAGCAAUGGGAUUUGGUUUGCCUGCUGCUAUAGGUGCGGCUGUUGGAAGACCGGGUGAGAUUGUGGUUGAUAUUGAUGGUGAUGGGAGUUUUAUCAUGAAUGUGCAGGAGUUGGCAACAAUUAAGGUGGAGAAUCUCCCAGUUAAGAUUAUGUUGCUGAAUAAUCAACACUUGGGAAUGGUGGUUCAGUGGGAGGAUCGAUUCUAUAAGGCUAACAGAGCACACACUUACUUGGGUAAUCCUGCUAAUGAGGAAGAGAUCUUCCCUAAUAUGCUGAAAUUUGCAGAGGCUUGUGGCGUACCUGCUGCAAGAGUGUCACACAGGGAUGAUCUUAGAGCUGCCAUUCAAAAGAUGUUAGACACUCCUGGGCCAUACUUGUUGGAUGUGAUUGUACCUCAUCAGGAGCAUGUUCUACCGAUGAUUCCCAGUGGCGGUGCUUUCAAAGAUGUGAUUACGGAGGGCUAUGUCCAGCUUAAGGGCUCAAAUUUUUCAGAGAGUGCUGAUUCAAAAGGUGAAUGCCAAAAUCAGAUUAGCACAAGUUUGCAGAGUUAUAUUACGCCAUCUUUCUGUUUUCAGCUAAUUGCUGUUGCAAGGGCUCUACUGAAGAAGGCCUCUAUUUUAUUUCUUGAUGAGCAUUUUGCCUUCAUCAUUAGCAACAACACCUACAGAAGAUGGAAAAGAGAACGGUGCAGGAAAUGGGAAAAGUUUCACAAAUGGGGCAAGACGAAGAGAAUCCUUAAAGAUGCUGGCAAAUCUGUUGGUGGUGGCAUAAAGGAAGUGAUGUCUGGGAAGUCAUCAGGGAAAUCUAAAGAGGAAGUAGAAUCAUCAGAGACCGAAAGAAUGAGCUCUGUGGAAUCUGAUAUUUCUGAUGCAGAGUCUCAACCUUCAUCAGUUGAUUCACCUCCAGUUGUAGCGCCUUCUGUUGACAACAGUUCCACAGCCAGCUCCGGUAUUGAGACUUCUCUCUUGAUGUAGAAUUGUGAUAUACGCGAUGUAAUAUAAAACAUAUUUGGUGUUACACUUGGACGAACUUAUUUUUCAGUUUUGACCAACACUCUACUGAAAGAUGAUAACCUUGAGAUUUUAAGAAUGCGUAUUAUUCAUUAGCGUCUA